AUGUUGGAGAUGACGGUCGGUUUGUUUGCAUUUUCAGCGGGUCGUGACAUUUCCGCACAUUCAGGAAUAGCCCUCAAAAAAAACAAAAAUGAUUGCUACGUAUCUUUCUUAGAAGAAUCUACCUUCAAACACUUGACUCUUCAGAGAAUUAUGAUGGCGCUCAGAUAUUUCAUUGCCCUGACAACAUUGUUAUGCUGCUGCCUAGCACUUGAAUGCUACACAGGAUUCAAGUAUAUCAAGGGACGAAGUGUUGGUACUUCAAAAAAGACUUGCGAACAUUCAACUGACUACUGCUACAAUGCGACCGCUGAUCUCACACAACUCAAUGAGAUUAGUAUGGCCGGGUGUUCGACGACAAGAUGCUUUUUGAGCCACAAUAAGUGCAUCACGCAGAUGUUCCAAGGACAUGAGAUCAAAUUCUGCUGCUGUAACACGGGUGAUCUGUGCAAUUCUAAGUUCACUAAUCUUACGCUAUUCGAGAAAGCAAAGCAAAAAAUCAAGGAUUGGAUCAACGUUAUUGGAUAG